AUGCUGGCGGCACGGACAGGGGCAAUGGGAGCCAAGAUGACGGACGAAACCACCAAGUUGAGGAAGGCGUCUGUCCUCUCUUUAGGGAGCAGAGACAAAUUUCCGAAGACCACCUCAGAAACGGCUGAAAAAGAUGUCCAUGCUAAGCCCAUGGGGCAAGACCAGCUGCAGGCCAGACGCCUGGCACUCCUCAGCGAACUGGAGCUGAACUGGUAUUUGCAAGCAUGUGAACUCUCCCGCGAACACACCGUGGCCUAUGUAACUGGAAUGCCCCACAGGAAUCUUGGAAAAUCAGGACUCAGAGUCUCUUGCUUGGGUCUUGGGACAUGGGUCACAUUUGGAGGUCAAAUUUCAGAUGAGGUUGCGGAACAACUGAUGACAAUCGCCUAUGAGAGCGGAGUGAAUCUCUUUGAUACUGCAGAGGUAUAUGCAGCUGGGAAAGCAGAGGUGAUUCUUGGAAACAUCAUCAAAAAGAAAGGUUGGAGGAGGUCCAGCCUGGUCAUCACUACCAAACUCUACUGGGGUGGAAAAGCUGAAACAGAAAGAGGACUGUCAAGAAAACAUAUCAUUGAAGGAUUAAAGAGUUCCCUCCAGAGACUGCAGCUUGAGUACGUGGAUGUUGUCUUUGCAAAUCGACCAGACAACAAUACCCCCAUGGAAGAGCGCUUACCGUGUGCAGAGCAGUGUUUGUUUCCAGUUGACGAGAAGUAA